CGCCGGGAUGGGAUAAAGAUGGCGGCGGUGCCGUGGGAGUGGGUGAGUUGUGGACGGGCUCUGCCUCCUCACCUCACACCGCGAGACUCGGCGACUCCCGGCGAGGACUGGAGAUGUCGGGCGCGCGCAUAUACCCUAAACAAUGGCAAAAGGAGAGUAAUAUAAUGACUUCUGAGCUGCACUGAACUGAUGCAAAGCUGAUUCAAGCUGUCUGCACACUGCCUGUUCUCAUCUCAUUAUGAUUAUCAAUUCAGUUGGGAAUCAUCUUAUUAAGAACUUGAGGCUGUGUCUGAGCACCCAUCCCUUGCGGAGAUGGACAGGGCAUACUGUUAAGAGCUGCAGGUCAGCAACCUGUAUAUAUAUAUUAACAUCACUAAAGAAGAGGAAUGGUCCUCAGUAUUGUCUCUCAAGCAGUUUAUUAAAUACUUGGCCAGAAAGACGCAUGUGUUUAGUAUCAAUCCGUUUGUACUCCGGAAAGAUCCAGAGACGGAGACCAAAGGCAGCUGUGGAGAAUCAGGCAGAAGACUGGAAUACCCAUACAGGAAGAAAUGAGGAUCUCAGCGUAUUAUUGGCGCCUCACUUCAGUCAGUCAGUUGAAACUGGGAGAUCCCACCAGUUAGAGCUGCCUGUUGAGAAUUUUAAUGCUGAGUGGGACAACGUGUCACCAACCAAGAGGUCAUCUCAGGAGAUGUUCUUUGAGCAGCUAAGCAAGUGCAACUCCCCCAGUGAUGUGCUGGAUUUGGUCUCGGAAAGCACACUGACCUGGAAAAUGAUCAGCAACUCUCUGACCACCAUGUGGGAAACAACUAAGAAGAUGUCGGAGGAUCAGAAGCACUAUGAGCGGCGGCUGAUGUUCGAGCACCCGGUCUUUGAGAAGAUGUGCCAGGAGGCGAUGCGAGAAGCUCGUUUCAUGAAGUUUAUCGAUUUGUCAUACAGUCUCCUGGCCUUGGUAAAGAUAGGAGUGUCACAGCGUAGCCGGCUGGUCCAGACGCUGCUCAGAGUUACCCAGGAGCGUCUGAAUGAGUUUGAUGAGAGGGCUCUGUCCGUGCUGGCCAACUGUCUGCAGCAGAUGGAAAGUUGCAAGAACGUGGAGGCAUUACGAGGGGGCUUGAGGCUGCUGAUGGAGCAGCGGGUCCCAGAGAUCAAGACAGUAAUCGCCUUACAGACCACUAUGCGUUGUGUUGGAAAAGAUGCUCCUCUGCCUCUAAAGAAGAAGCUUGAGAGGAAAGCUCUCUCUUUGGUGAGUGAGUUUACUCUUCCAAAUGCCCAGCACAUGUUCGGCACACUUGCUGCCAUGGGCCAUCGCUCACACUUGCUCCUAAAGGCUUGCACCAACAAGGUUGUGGAGAACAUCCACUGUAUCCCGUAUUGGCGUUUGGUUCACAUUUUGCAGUCCUGUAAGGAUCUUCAGUACCGGGAUCCAUCUCUACUUCAGGCCAUAGGGGAUCACCUGGCUUCCAACUUGGACAUCUGGCAACUUAAACAGCUGAUUACGUUCCUAUUGCUGUUUGGGGAUCUGGGAUAUCGCCAUGUGGAGCUGAUGGACGCAUACAUAGAGAAGGUGCUGCCAGUCUCAGAAUCACUGACCCUGAAAGAUGUGCUGUAUACACUGCGCGCGUAUUCCCAGGUCAACCAUCAGCCCAAGAGACACAGAGAACAAUUCUUGGACAUUCUAACUGGCAUGUUCGAGUCCUACUUGCCAAGGCUUACUCCACUGGAUCUCCUCCGUGGAGUCCACCACUUGUGUCUGAUGGGAAAUGUUCCUAAGGCUGCUCUGAGGAAACUUUUUGAAGAGGAUGUCCUAAGUGAGCUCCACUCCACAGCCAAUCCAUACCGAGAGAGGAACACACAGUUACUUCAACACAUCAAUCUCUGUCUGGAGUUGGACCAUCCUUCUCAUCCCAGGCUGGCUGACUCUAGUCUUGAGAAACCCUCAGACCGUAAAGUUUGUGUGAACUCAGAGGUCCAGAGGGCAGUGUAUGGUAUCCUGGGAGACAGCAGCCUUUACCAGCAGGGGUUGGUUUUGAAAAAUGAGUAUUUUAUAGAUUUUGAAAUCACUUUGGACCAGGAAAGAAAGAAUGUGAUCUCUCUGCCUCAGAACGAGGAUAUCCGGCAUGAUGUACGGAGAGUGGCUGUGCUUUGUGCUCCCAUCUCUGCCUUUUGUCUUGGUACAACCCACCCAAAGGACAAGCUGGCCAUGAAGAUCCGACACCUGGAGGCACUGGGGUAUCACAUUGCGGUGGUUCCGGAACACAAGUUUGGAAAGCUGUCGGAAGAUGAGAGGUUCACGUUCUUGAGGAGCAUGAUCUUUGCAGAAUGAGAAGGCUUUGAGGAUCAGUGCUGAAUAAAGUAAAGAGAGAGGAUUCUGCUCCUGGUGUCACCAGGCCUCUGGCACCCCUGCACUACAGACUUGGAACCUAAUUUACAGAUUCUGAUCGUAUCUGAAUUGACAGCAAGGGAUGUAUUGUCUCUCAUUUAACAAGGCUAUUAGUCUGACUCAACCUGUCUACAAUUCAUUGCUCUCUGUCCUCCAGCCUGUUGCCAGGCAUGAUUUCUCACACUUGAGAGCAAAAAUACAAGUUUCCAUUUGGGUGUAAUGGUACAAUUAGGUUUAAUCAGGCAAACUACCUUUGCACCUUUUGUUAUGAUUAGGAUUGGGAAUAAUUCUCCCAAUAAUGUGUUUUCUUCCUCAUUGGUGAGGCAGGUAAAUAACUCUCAGUGGCAUGGAGUCCUGCAGAACUGCCUGGUUCAGGUAACCAAUAUCUGAGCCCAGGACAGAGCUGGCUGUGAAUCAGCUCCACACUCCCUUCAACAGACACUUUACCAUGGAUCCCUCCAGAGAUUCUACUCUCUCCAUGGGUUAUCAUCUCUUGUUUUAUAACUGUGGUUGCCAGUGAUGGGGAGCCGGUGGCAGGGCUCUGGAAAAGAACAAGGAUUAAGGGUCAGCAAUGCAUUAUCGCCCAUCUUAGGGAAAGUCAUGCCCAGUAGCCUGUAUAACCUAUGGUCAGUGAAAAUUUUACUCUCCAAUUUGCUAAUUAUCUAGUAAAUCUGUUCUUCUACUCUCAGCCCAGUGCACUAUUUAACAGGCAAACUUUGAGCCCAGGACAGUGAAAAGCACUGACAGCACGGGGAAAUAGUCGUUGGAAGCGUGUUCAUCAUGGAAAAUUGCCGAACUCCAAUCAUGUGACCAUUUGGUGGAGAUACAGAUACCUGUGUUACUGAGUCACUACCAUGUUAAGGUAGGGCAGGCAGACUUGUUUCCAUGCUUGGUACUCAGCGUGGAUGUGGGCCAAUAAAAAGAAUAUUACGUGAAAAUAUUGCAAGUUCCCAGACUUAUGGAAAAAUAAAAAAACAUUUUGAAAAA